CACCUGUUGUUGCAAGCCCGCUGUGAAUAUCGACCGUAACACCUCAAACGACCUCCAGAGGAAUUCAUCAAGGAGCCGAACCCCGGCAGAUUCCUCUAUACGACAAAAUGGCAUCUACAGUAAAGGCCGUCCAAACAUUCGGCAAAAAGAAGACUGCAACUGCAGUCGCACACGCUAAGGAGGGUCGUGGUAUCAUCCGCGUGAAUGGCUCCCCCAUCAACCUUGUCCAACCCGAGAUCCUCCGCUUCAAGAUCUAUGAACCCGUCCUUGUAGCUGGUGAAGACUCAUUCGCACCACUUGAUAUCCGUGUGCGCGCCAAGGGUGGUGGACACACAUCGCAGGUGUACGCUAUCCGUCAGGCCAUUGCCAAGGCUCUUAUCGCGUACUACGCCAAGUACAUCGAUGCAUACAGCGCAAUGGAGUUGAAGAAAAAGUUGGUUGCGUAUGACCGAACGCUGUUGAUCGCAGAUCCUAGACGGAUGGAGCCGAAGAAGUUCGGUGGUGCUGGUGCUCGUGCUCGCAGGCAAAAGAGUAUUUAUAUGUUCGGAAAACAAAGCAUUGUUGGAGUGAACAAGGCGCGCACCAGCUAUGAGCCAGCCCAGUGCCCCCCCAUGUAUCGUAAGCUGCCUCCACUCAUUUCCGCGCAUCUAUAUACAUGUGGAUGA